UGCCUGACUAAUCUUCGUCUUUCCUUUCCACGGUUGUUGUACACAUACGUACUCAGACACGCGCGUGGCAACGCCUGGACCAGAACACUGGGCUGCUGCCGCCGCCGCCACUCUGGACACACGCGCACGCACACGGAUCGCAGGCUGCCGGCGCUGGAACCCUUUACAUACAUGCAAGGAUUAGCAGAAGCCGCCGCGGCCGCCGCCUCCUACUGCAUUCUCCUCCCACUCUGUGUUUUGACUUCUGGCUUGCGUGCUUCACAUCACCGUUUGCUUGCCUCUGUGCUCCUCGGGUGGUGCAAAACAAGACAGACCACCUACAGAAAACACAAGGGCCAUAUUACCAAGGAUUUGAAAUAGUUAUAUCUUGCUGGAUACAAGCAAAUAGACAAUGAUGCUCCAACCAUCUGCUCAAGCUUCUUGAGAAAAAGUCUGCAGUGGAAACAUCAUGAAAAAAAGGCCAGAAAUCAAACAUUACAAGUAACAUCAGUGUUAAAGACUGUACACAAUUUUCAUCUCUUUAAGCAUCCAAUAAGUGAAAAUGGAAACCUGACUACAGGAGAUUCAUUGUCUACUGGAGAACAUUCUUCAGCACAGAAAAAAGGCGAGAUUAUUUAUUUAAGCCCAUUGGAACAGAAGUCAAUGUAUUGACCUUUGCAGAUUGCUACAAAUGGCAGGUCUUUCUCAGUGAUAUUUCAAUAACAUAACUACAUAUAUUCAGAUGACUUUGGGAUAUUUUUCACAUCAAUGAUGAAAGGAUUAUCUGGCAGUCGCAGUCAUCAUCAUGGGGUUGCCUGUGAACCAGCAUGUGACUCUCUGGUACAUCACUCAGACAGGAAGCCAUAUUUGUUAAAUCCUGUGGAACAUCAUCCUUCCGACCACUCUUACUACACUCAGAGGAACUCUUUUCAGGGAGAAUGCAUGGUUCCCUACAAUGAUCAGAUUGCUAGCAGCACUUUCCCUCGGAGACAUUACAAUUCCCAUAAUGAGCUUAAAGAUGAGUGUGCUUUGGUACCACAUGGAACAGCAAGUAAAAGUAAUCGCAUCCCUGCCAAUCUUUUGGACCAGUUUGAAAGGCAGCUUCCUCUUAAUCGAGAUGGCUACCAUACUUUACAGUACAAAAGGACUGCUGUAGAACAUCGCAGCGAUAGUCCAGGGAGGAUUCGACAUCUGGUUCAUUCUGUUCAAAAGCUUUUUACAAAGUCACAUUCCCUUGAAGGCCCAUCAAAGGGCAGCAUGAAUGGAGGCAAAGGAAGCCCCGAGGAGACACAAACUAUGAGGUAUGGCAAGCGUAGCAAAAGCAAAGAUAGGAGGUCAGAUGGAAAAUCCCGGUCAAAUGCAUCAGGAUGGUGGAGUUCAGAUGACAACUUGGAUAAUGAUGUUUGCAUUUACCAUGGGCCAAGUGGGGUGAUGACUAUGGGAAGAUGCCCUGACCGCUCCACUUCUCAGUACUUUAUGGAGGCCUAUAAUGCUCUUAAUGAACAUCCUGUAAAGCCGUCCAGAAGCAAUAAUGAUGUCAAAUGUUCCACCUGUGCAAACCUGCCAGUAAAUUUGGAUGCUCAGUUAAUGAAAAAGAGCUCUUGGUCCUCUACAUUGACAGUGAGCAGAGCCCGUGAGGUUUACCAAAAAGCUUCCAUGAACAUGGACCAGACAGUGGUGAAAUCAGAGACCUGUCAACAAGAACGGUCUUGCCAGUAUCUUCAGGUUCCUCAAGAUGAAUGGUCGGGUUAUGCUCCACAUGGCAAAGAUGAUGAGAUCCCGUGUCGGCGAAUGCGUAGUGGCAGUUACAUCAAAGCCAUGGGAGAUGACGACAGCGGGGACUCUGACACCAGCCCAAAGCUAUCUCCAAAGAUUGCUGCACGAAGGGAGAGCUAUCUCAAGGCCACCCAGCCAUCACUUACAGAACUCACCACUCUCAAAAUAUCCAGUGAACAUUCUCCAAAACUCCAGAUACGGAGCCACAGUUACUUGAGGGCAGUGAGCGAAGUUUCAAUCAAUAGGAGUUUGGAUAGCCUGGACCCUGCAGCUCUGCUGACUUCUCCCAAAUUCCGUUCUCGGAAUGAAAGCUACAUGAGGGCCAUGAGCACUAUUAGCCAGGUGAGCGAGAUGGAAGUAAAUGGUCAGUUUGAAUCAGUCUGCGAGUCCGUGUUCAGUGAACUAGAGUCUCAGGCAGUAGAGGCCCUGGAUCUGCCAAUGCCAGGCUGCUUCCGCAUGAGGAGCCACAGCUAUGUGAGAGCCAUUGAAAAAGGCUGUUCCCAAGAUGAUGAAUGUUUGUCACUGAGGUCCUCAUCUCCACCACGCACAACCACCACUGUGAGGACCAUCCAAAGCAGCACUGUAGAGGAAGGAGACAUUCUGCAAAGGGAGGUAGAGAGCACAGCUACCUUUGGAACGGCUACAAGACUUCCUUUGGGCUAUCAACACAGCAGCAUCCUACUCAGGGCCCAACAACAUGCUCAUAAAAAUCAUGUACAGUUUUCUUCUUGCAUUACCACAUAUAAGAAGACGCCACCUCCAGUGCCGCCAAGAACUACCACCAAACCUUUCAUCUCCAUCACUGCCCAGAGCAGCACGGAAUCUGCCCAAGAUGCCUACAUGGAUGGACAUGGACAAAGGGGAGAUAUAAUAAGUCAGUCCGGACUUAGCAACUCCACAGAGAGUUUGGACAGUAUGAAGGCCCUGACAGCGGCCAUUGAGGCAGCGAAUGCACAGAUCCAUGGACCUGCAAGCCAGCAUAUGGGCAACAACACUGCUACUGUCACCACCACCACCACUGUGGCCACUGUUACUGCAGAUGACAGAAAACGGGAUCACUUCAAGAAAAACAGAUGUCUGUCCAUUGGAAUACAGGUUGAUGGAGAGGAAUCCUCUAGCUCAAGUGAAACCAGAGCAAGCAGUAAGUUCCAAUCCAUAGGUGUUCAAGUAGAGGAAGAGAAGUGUUUCCGCAGGUUCACGCGAUCAAACAGUGUCACAACAGCAGUUCAAGCAGACAUGGAUUUUCAUGAGAACUUUGAAAUGUCCAUGGACCCUCAAGAAGACAAUUCAUAUCCUGGGCAAAUAUCAAGACAGUAUUCUCGAGAUGCCAGCACUUCCACAGUUAGCAUACAAGGCUCAGGAAACCAUUAUCAUGCAUGUGCAGUGGAUGAUGACUUUGAUACAGAUUUUGAUCCUUCCAUUUUACCUCCACCGGAUCCCUGGAUUGAUUCUAUAACAGAAGAUCCCAUUGAGGCUGUUCAAAGGUCAGUGUGUCAUAGAGAUGGACACUGGUUCCUGAAGCUCCUUCAAGCAGAGAGAGAGCGUAUGGAAGGUUGGUGCCGACAGAUGGAGAGAGAAGAACAGGAAAACCACCUGCCUGAAGAGAUUCUAGGUAAAAUUCAAACUGCAGUUGGCAGUGCACAGCUUCUCAUGGCUCAGAAGUUUUACCAAUUCAGAGAACUAUGUGAAGAAAAUCUGAAUCCUAAUGCACAUCCAAGACCAGCCUCCCAGGAUUUAGCAGGGUUUUGGGAUAUGCUGCAGUUAUCCAUAGAAAAUAUUAGUAUGAAAUUUGAUGAACUUCAUCAGUUAAAAGCCAAUAAUUGGAAACAGAUGGAUCCACAUGACAAGAAGGAGAGAAGGGCCCCUCCUCCAGUGCCAAAGAAGCCAUCGAAAGGUCAGGUGCCACUCAUACGGGAACGCUCUUUGGAGAGCUCACAACGUCAGGAGGCCCGGAAACGGCUGAUGGCUGCCAAACGAGCCGCGUCUGUCCGUCAGAACUCAGCCACUGAAAGCGCCGAAAGCAUUGAGAUUUACAUCCCCGAAGCCCAGACCAGGCUAUGAAGGGAUCCAACCAGGAGGACUCUUAAUGGCAAGAAACAUCUCUUGUAUCAUCUGCCCUUCUAGGUCCAGGCUCAGAGACACCAAUAAGUAUUUGUAUUCCCCUUCCUUUAUCUCUCUUCUUCCCCAAAUGAAGUAACACUUCUGUGACGUAGUUGUCAAUCCUCCAAGAGAUUUUUGCUUAUAACCCGUGCUUUCCAAAGGUUUGCCCAUGUCAGCCUAAUGCUUUGUCACAUGUACUGAUGCUACCACCUCGCCUCAUGUAAAGAACCCUAGCAACACUCUCUCUCUCUCUCUCUCUCUCUCUCUCUCCCUCACACACAUUCUCUCUCUCUCUCUCUCUCUCUCUCUCUCUCUCUCUCUCUCUGUCACACACACACACACACACACACACACACACUCAAACACACACACCCCUACCUGUACAGUAGAUGCACCAAUUAAUUCAUUUUUGGUCCUUAAAGCUAGUAUGUUAUCUAGUGUACAGCAAUACUCAGUUAUAUGGUAUUUUGGAAAUCCAAUGUUGCAGGGUAAACCUUUAGGAUUCUGUUGUCUUCCUCAUUGAUGAUAAAAGUAGCUCUGACAGAAUCCCUUCUUUAUAUGACUAUUAUUUUUUAAAAAAACAGACGGCGCACAUUAUUCUGAUCCUCAGAAUCAUACUUUCUCACCUGACAAAUUGGAUGGAGAUGUGGAGAUAGGUUUGCAGCAGUAAAAUAUGAAGCAAAUCUUGCAGAUGAGAUAUACAGGAUCCCAUGAAGAGAGACCUGCAGCUGCAUAAACAGCCUCAUUGUUAUUUCCUCAGUCUCACUUUAGAACCCUUUUUGAACAGCAGAAGAUUGUAAAAUCGAUCUUCCAAGGAAAUAAUCUAUUUUUAAAAGGCAAUAAAAGGAGAAUAAGUUAAUAAGAUGUGAAGAUGGCUGAAGUUUAGUUUACAGGAAUAUUUUUUGUCCAACUAAGUAGUAAGAAUUUUUAAGAUUGUAGUAUAUUGUCAAUUACUAUUGUAAUGUAUCAGUUCAAAAAGAACAAAAAAUAGAACAAAAAUAGCCUUGGUUUUGUUGAUGUCCUAACCUUGGUGAGACUUUUGAAUUUUGCACAUUCCCCAUACAGACAUCUGUUGCUAAAAUGCUGUAAAUUAAAUAGAUGUUUGUAUGCUACAAAUCAGACCGCCUACGAUGAAUGCUUCACACCUGAGUGCAAGUUCUCCUUCAGUCUCUUCUUUAAAAUAGAAAAAAUUCAUUUUGCAAAAUCAAGCAAUUAUUUCAGAACAUGAGCUAGUGAGCAGUAUAUUUUUCUUCACUGAACCAUUGUUUAAAGUUACAGUCUAUACAUAACUGUAGGCUCUUUGGAAUUAAGAAUUAGGAAACAAUCUCCUGGAACAUGACUGGUGUGAAAAAUAUCUGACUAUGCCAUUUUUACACCAGCUGCCACGGCACCAGAGAGCAUGACAGCCUGUUGGGCACUGCAGCGUUUAAAGUUGGCAUCCAAUAUCCCACCACAUGCAUGAUGAGAAGCAGAUGAAGUAUGACCCUGGCUGUAAGACUCUGUGGUCUGGUUCAUACGUAACAGUAAACCAGAGGUCCCUCCACCUCUGGUUCCCAAACCUGAACAUACGAACCAGGGAAUUACAGUUACCAAAAAAUAAAUAAAAAUGAACCCAUGGUUUUCUUUUCCAAACUGUGUUUUGUCACCUUCAGUUCUCUCUUAAGUUUCAUCUACUUGGCUUCCAGUUGGCUGUGCCGGCGUUGCAUACACAAGCUGGCAUGGAGUUUUACCUCUCUAAAACCAGAGUUAAGGGAGGUAGCUCCUCCCUCACUCUGGUUCCUAUUGGCUGUACAGGCUGUCCUUCGGGAAAGAAGGAAGCCCACACAGCCAGUCCCCCCCCCCCCACCGCUCUGCAGUCUUGCUGACUGCAGAGAGACUGCUCUCCCAAACAUACACAUGCAUACAGGAGAGCAGAGGGAGGGGAGCCCAGAACCAGAGUUCUGCAUUACAUAUGACCCAAACCUAUAGAACUAGCAGAUUAUGCGGCUGAUGGGUUCGGUCUCAAGGUCUGGUCCACACGCUGUUGACAAAAGUAAUAUGAGGCUUCCCAUUGACUCAAGUCUGUAGAUUUUGGAUCUGAGCUGUAUGUAAUCUUUUCUCUUUUUUUAAUUGUACUCUCUCAAGCAUCAUGUUAGGAAAUCUGGCCUUUUUGGAGCACAAUUUUUCCCACAUGGGCACCCAUGUCGAACAUGGCAGGUAGUGGCCCUUAUUUGCUACAAGACCCAGGAAAUCUUUAUUCUGAAAGCAAGAAAUGCUAUGGUAACAAAGUACACUGACUGACGGACAGUGUGUACUUUGCAUCUCACCAGAGUUGGCUUUCAAUGCCCUUACUGUAAAAACAUUCCAACAUGUAACUGCAUGGUUGGCAUAAUUGUGUAGCUUACAUCUAAAAACUUUAGACGUUACCAUCCAAAAGCUGACCUUUGAAAUUAUGCAUCAGCAGAACAAGCCAGGAAACAACAUGUAAUACAGCAGCCUAGUCAGAUGCUACUUUUAAUUUUAUUAAAGAAUUUGGGAGAGGUAAUAGGUUCUGGCAAGAAAAACUAGCAUAAAACAUUUGUAAAGCCACCAGAGAAUUUGCUACCUCUCAAAGCCAUUGAUAUAUCCAAGCUAUAUGUUUAUAAAUAGGGCACAAAAUAUCACUGCUGUGUUUUACAAGUAAAGGGCUAAUAAUUUAAUAUUUUAAAGACUUUUACACAGAAUGGUAAUCCAGUAUAACCCAUGACAUUAAGUGAAGUUGGGAAAGUCUGGUGUGUGAGGAUUUCGAUAGCGUACUGCUUGCUAGGGUUGUUUUUAUUUUCUUUUAAGAACACCUCAAUAAAAUUGUCAGAGCAAUGAAAGCUCACAUACUGUUAACCAUCUAGAUAGUGCCAAUUGCCACCUUUAAAAAUACAGUCAUAUUAUGUGUUUUAAAACUUUUUGGGAACUCAUUUCUACAAAGAGGUAUAAAGCAGCCUCAAAACAAAAUACCGUUUCCCCAGUUACAUAACUGUCUGUUUGGACCCCCAUGAAAAAUGAGUUCUGGUUGACAGGUGAUUCAAAAACAAUUGUGAUAAGAUUAUGCAAUAAAUUUGAUGCUUUCAUAUACUGUGAGCCUGCACACCAUUACUUAUUAGUAAGAACCAGUAUUUUCUUUGGGCUUACAUCUAAGAAAAUAUGUUGAGGAUCAGGGCCCAGAUUUUAUACUUUAGGAUAGUUGCAUUUAUACAUCAUAAACUAUUUUUGGUAUGAAAUAUCAAAGACUCUGUUAGCAUGAUGCCUGUUAAUUUGUAUGGGCUCUUGUAUGAAAAGGACAUUGUAAUUUAGACCUAGUGUGUCCGCAAAACCAACUGGCAUCCAAAUUCUGUUUGCAUAUAACUCAUGGAUGAUGUCAUGGUUUGUGAUAUUGCUGGAGUUCAGUGUGGACAGUAGUUCCAUCCUGACUAUUUAUUUGUUGGCCUAAUAAGUCUAUUCAUCAGGCUACCUUGCAGAAACUGAAGAGUUAUUCCCUGGGUUUCCUCUUUUUGACUCCUUGAAUUAUUACAUGCCACCAUAAACAAGGAAAAAUAAUAUGUGUAGGGCACAAUCCAAUCUAUGUUAAUCACUAUUAGGUCCUUUGGAAUUCAGUGAGAGUUAAGCACAUGCUUAUAUCCCAUUGAAAUCAAUGGGAUGUAAAAGUGCUCAACUUUGGCAGUGUUGUUUUGGGGUUAUUAUUUUUUUAAGACCAAGUCUACUUAAGUGGGAAAUCUGUUAUCAGUAUUUUAAUACAAAACUGUUGAGGCUUUCUGGGUUGUGGGACAUGAAAAAUAAAGUUGGUUUUUGGCCUCUUACGCCAAAAGUUUAAAAGUAUUUAUUAUAUUUUUUUGCAGACGUUCCCAUAAAAUACCCUUAAUCUUUUUGUAAUGACAGAUGAAGAAAUGGAUUAAACAUUUUAAUAUUGAAAAGGUAAAUAGUAAUACAUUAUUUGUAAUAUAUUUCAGUUUAUUUAUUGGGUGUUCCCUUAAGGUUUUGGUGUGAACUAUCACCUUAAUUUAAAUUUUAUAUUUGUGAAUUUACUGUGGGGUUUUUUUUCCUAAUUUAUAAUGCAUAUUUUAACCAGAAUGAAAUCACUGGCAUACUCACAUCUGCCCUCAUUCGAUAAUCAGUAUGUUUUUUAUUUGCAAAAUGGGUACACCUUGCAAAGCCUCUAGAUGGAGAAAUAGAGAGCACUGUAUGGCGUUAUGAAUUGGGUUUUCAUAGGAUUAUCUACCUAACUUGUGUGUGAACAAAAAAUGUAAAUAGUUUAAUGUUUCCCAUAAUGUAAAAAAGAGCAAAUUAAUAAAAUAAAUAAUGCACUGCU